UAGUCCAUGGCUCAGCUGAUAAAGAACCUAUGUCCCAGGCAGCAGGCUGUGGGUUCAAAGCUCACAUCUGCGUUGCUUUACUUGCUGUUGCUACAGAAUCUAGCAGUGCCUAAACCAGGAGACAGGUGUGUAGGAUCUGUUGGUUAUAUUCCCAUCCAUGCUUUUGUGUUGCUUGCAGACUCAGUUUCAGCUGCUGAUUGAAGUCACUUGGCCUCUCUUUAUCUUCUGCAUCCUCAUCUCUGUAAGACUUUCAUAUCCACCCUCUGAACAGCAUGAAUGUCACUUCCCAAACAAAGCCAUGCCUUCAGCGGGAUCCUUGCCUUGGAUACAGGGCAUUAUUUGCAAUGUCAACAACCCUUGCUUCCGCUACCCAACUCUUGGGGAAUCCCCUGGUGUCAUUGGACAUGCCUCUAUUGUUUCCCGCCUGUUCUCAGAUGUCAAGAGGUUAGUCUUGUACAGCCGAAAGGACACAAGCAUAAAGGAUGUCCAGAAGGUCCUGGGAACACUGCAAAAGUUGAGAAACUCUGGCUCAGACUUGAAACUUCAGGAUUUCCUGGUUGACAAUGAGACAUUCUCAGACUUCCUCCAUCAUAAUGUGUCUAUGCCACCAUUUGCAGUAGACAAGCUACUGAACACUGAGGUCAACCUCCAACAGGUCAUUGUGUCUGGCUACCAAAUGCAAGUGCAAGAUCUCUGUAAUGCCUCAGUGCUCUCUGAAUUUUUUACAAUCCAAAACCAGUCAGUGGCUAUGGACCAUGAAGCCUUCAUUUGCACUGUACCAAAGGAAAAACUCCAUGCAGCAGAAUGGGCCUUCCAUUCUAACCUGGACCCUAUGAAGCCCCUCCAGAAACGAAUCCCUUUCAAUUCCUCCUUGUGGGAUCUGUCAGAAACCAUAGAGACUUUAACAGAGAGCCUUGGGAAGCUUGUUAAAGAGUUGCUGAGCAUGAAGAGCUGGAGUGACAUGAGGCAAGAGGUAAUGUUCCUGACCAACGUGAAUGCCUCAAGCUCCUCUACACAGAUUUACCAGGCUGUGUCACGCAUUGUGUGUGGCCAUCCUGAAGAUGGAGGGCUCAAAAUCAAGUCUCUCAACUGGUAUGAGGACAAUAACUACAAAGCGCUCUUUGGAGACAACAGCACUGAAGAUGACAUAACUAAUUUCUACGAUAACUCCACAACACCCUAUUGCAAUGAGCUGAUGAGCCCACUUUCUCGAAUUAUUUGGAGGGCUCUGAAACCCUUGCUGAUUGGGAAGAUCUUGUACGCUCCUGACAUGCCAGCCAUAAGGAAUGUUAUGUUUGAGGUGAACAGGACGUUCCAGGAGCUGGGUGUGUUUCGUGACCUCAGAGGGAUGUGGGAGGAGAUAAGCCCAAAGAUUUGGACAUUUAUGGAAAGCAGCCAGGAAAUGGAUCUGAUUCGGACACUGCUGAAAAGCAAAGGUCUCCAGGACCUGAGCUUGCCUGCUUCAAACUGGACAGUGGAGAAUGUUGCUUGUUUCCUGUCAAAGCACCCGGAGGAGUUUAAGACAGCAAAUGGCUCAGUGUAUACCUGGGUGGAUGCCUUCAAUGAGACAGACUGGGCUAUUCAGACCAUCUCCCACUUCAUGGAGUGUGUCAAUCUGGACAAACUGGAGCCUGUGGCCACAGAAGUACAGCUUAUAAACAAGUCCUUGGAGCUGCUAGGUGAAAAGAGAUUCUGGGCUGGCAUCAUUUUCACCAAAAUCACUCCUAACAGCAUAGACCUCCCUCAUCACAUCAAAUACAAAAUAAGCAUGGACAUAGACAAUGUGGAAAGGACCAACAAGAUCAAGGAUGGGUACUGGGACCCUGGUCCCCGGGCUGACCCCUUUGAGGACAUGCACUAUGUUUGGGGAGGCUUUGCCUACCUGCAGGACAUGGUGGAACAGGCCAUCAUCAGGGUGCAGACAGGCACAGAGAAGACAACAGGGGUUUAUGUGCAGCAGAUGCCCUACCCAUGUUAUGUGGAUGACAUAUUUCUGCAAGUCAUGAGCCACUCAAUGCCCCUCUUCAUGACUCUGGCCUGGAUCUACUCAGUGGCUGUGAUAAUCAAGGGCAUUGUGUACGAGAAGGAAGCUCGGCUGAAGGAAACGAUGAGGAUUAUGGGACUAGACAAUGGCAUCCUAUGGCUGAGCUGGUUCAUUAGCAGCCUCAUCCCUCUCCUGAUGAGUGCAGGCCUGCUCGUGCUGAUCCUCAGGAUGGGGAAACUGCUGCCUUAUAGCGAUCCUAGCGUGGUGUUUGUUUUCCUCUCGAUCUUUGCUAUUGUGACCAUCCUCCAGUACUUCCUUAUCAGCACUGCAUUCUCCAGGGCCAACCUGGCAGCUGCCUGCGGGGGCAUUGUCUAUUUCAUGCUGUACCUACCCUAUGUGCUGUGUGUUGCCUGGCAGGACCAUGUCAGCUUCUCGCUCAAGAUCUUUGCGAGCCUGCUGUCCCCAGUAGCCUUUGGCUUUGGCUGUGAGUACUUUGCACUGUUUGAGGAGCAGGGAGUUGGUGUUCAGUGGGACAACUUCUUUGAGAGGCCUUUGGAAGAAGAUGGCUUCAGCAUCACCACAUCUGCCAUCAUGAUGAUGUUUGAUACCUUCCUAUAUGGGGUCAUGACCUGGUACAUUGAGUCCAUCUUCCCAGGCCAAUAUGGCAUUCCCAGACCCUGGUACUUCCCCUUCACAAAGUCAUAUUGGUUUGGUGAGGAAUCACAAGACAGGCAGCACCCUCACCCUGACCAGAAGGGGCCUUCAAAAGUCUGCAAGGAGGAAGAGCCCACGCAUCUGUGCCUUGGGGUUUCCAUCCAGAACCUGGUCAAGGUUUAUAGUGAUGACAAGAAAAUUGCUGUAGAUGGUCUCACACUGAACUUCUAUGAAGGGCAAAUCACCUCCUUUCUGGGACAUAACGGAGCUGGGAAAACCACUACCAUGUCCAUCUUGACUGGCUUGUUUCCUCCAACCUCGGGUACAGCCUUCAUCCUGGGCAAAGAUAUCCGCUCUGAGCUUAGCACCAUUAGGCAGAACCUUGGUGUCUGUCCACAGCACAAUGUGCUGUUUGACUUGCUGACUGUGGAAGAACACAUCUGGUUCUAUGCUCAUCUCAAAGGGCUGUCAGAAAAGAAGGUGAAAGAGGAAAUGGAGCAGAUGGCAAUGGAUUAUAGUUUGCCUCUCAAACUCAAAGCUAGAACAAGCAAACUCUCUGGUGGCUUGCAGAGGAAGCUCUCGGUAGCCUUGGCCUUUGUUGGUGGGUCCAAGGUUGUCAUUCUGGAUGAGCCCACAGCUGGGGUGGAUCCUUAUUCUCGCAGAGGGAUAUGGGAACUGCUGCUGAAGUAUCGACAAGGCCGCACGAUCAUUCUCUCCACGCAUCACAUGGAUGAGGCAGCCAUUCUGGGGGACCGAAUUGCCAUUAUUUCUCAUGGCAAGCUGUGCUGUGUUGGUUCCUCUCUAUUCCUGAAGAACCAGUUAGGAACAGGCUAUUAUUUGACCCUAGUCAAGAAGGCUGUGGAUUCCUCUCUGAGCCCCUACCGGAACAGCAGCAACACAGUGUCUUAUCUGAAAAAGGAUGACAGUGUCUCCCAGAGCAGCUCUGAUGCUGGCCUUGGCAGUGACCAUGAAAGCGACACCUUAACAAUAGAUGUUUCUGCAAUUUCUAACCUCAUUAUGAAACACGUUCCUGAGGCCAGGCUGGUGGAGGAUAUUGGCCAUGAAUUAACCUACGUCUUGCCAUACGAAGCUGCUAGAGAGGGAGCUUUUGUGGAGCUGUUCCAUGAAAUCGAUGACCACCUUUCUGAUCUCAGCAUUUCCAGCUACGGCAUCUCUGAAACCACCCUGGAGGAAAUCUUCCUCAAGGUGGAUGACAGUGGUGUGGAUGCAGAAACCUCAGAUGGGACACUACCAGCCAGAAGGAAUAGGCAUGUGUUUGGAGAAAGACAGAGCUGCCUUCGCCCAUUCACAGAAGACGAUGCUUUUGACCCUAAUGAUUCAGAGACAGAUCCAGGUAAUGGUCGGCAGCAGUUCAUGGCUCUGUUGUGGAAGAGGCUGCUUAUUGCUAAGCGAAGCAAGAAGGGCUUCUUUGCUCAGAUUGUGUUGCCAGCCAUCUUUGUGUGUAUUGCUCUCAUGUUCAGCCUGAUCAUUCCUCCCUUUGGGAAGUACCCCAGCCUGGAAUUACAGCCCUGGAUGUAUGAUGAGCAGUACACUUUUAUCAGAGACACUCCUUGCACUGCUGGGCAGAAGGAAUGGACCACUGCCUCAGUCCCAGACUCAGUCCUGGAUAUCUUGAAAGGCAACUGGACCAUGGAGAACCCUUCCCUGUCUUGUGAGUGCAGCAAUGAGAUGAUCAAGAAGAUGCUGCCUGUGUGUCCCUCUGGUGCAGGUGGGCUGCCACCCCCACAGAGAGAACAAGACACUGCUGACAUCCUCCAGAACCUGACAGGCCGCAAUAUAUCAGACUAUCUAGUGAAGACCUAUACACAGAUCAUUGGGAAAAGCUUAAAGAAUAAGAUCUGGGUGAAUGAGUUCAGGUAUGGUGGCUUUUCCCUGGGAGCCAGCAGUUCCCUCAUGCUUCCUCCAAGCCACGAAGUCACUGAUGCCAUUAAACAAGUGAAGAAAAUCUUGGAGCUAGCACAGGGGGGUUCUGGAGAUCGGUUUCUCAACAGCUUGGUGAGCUUCAUGAAAGGCCUGGAUACAAAGAACAAUGUGAAGGUGUGGUUCAACAACAAGGGCUGGCAUGCCAUUGUCUCCUUCCUGAAUGUGAUAAACAAUGCCAUCCUUCGGGCCAACCUGCAGCAGGGCAAGAACCCCAGUGUUUAUGGCAUCACUGCCUUCAAUCACCCACUCAACCUCACCAAGCAGCAGAUCUCUGAAGUGGCCCUGAUGACCACCUCCAUGGAUGUCUUAGUCUCAGUCUGUGUGAUCUUUGCCAUGUCCUUCAUCCCUGCCAGCUUCGUGGUCUUCCUUAUCCAGGAGCGGGUCAGCAAGGCCAAACACUUACAGUUCAUCAGUGGUGUGAAGCCUGUGAUCUACUGGCUGGCUAACUUUGUCUGGGAUAUGUGCAACUAUGUUGUUCCAGCCACGCUAGUCAUCAUCAUCUUCAUCUGCUUCCAGCAGAAGUCCUAUAUGUCCUCCUCCAACCUGCCUGUGCUGGCCCUUCUUCUGCUUCUCUAUGGGUGGUCUAUCACCCCUCUCAUGUAUCCAGCAUCCUUUGUGUUCAGAAUCCCCAGCACUGCAUACAUCGUGCUGACCAGUGUGAACCUCUUCAUUGGCAUCAAUGGUAGUGUGGCUACCUUUGUCCUGGAGCUCUUCACCAACAACAAGCUGAACAACAUCAAUGACAUUCUGAAGUCUCUCUUCCUCAUCUUUCCCCACUUCUGCCUUGGGCGGGGACUCAUUGACAUGGUGAAAAAACAGGCCAUGGCUGAUGCUCUGGAGAGGUUUGGGGAGAAUCAUUUUGUGUCCCCUCUGUCAUGGGAUUUGGUGGGGCGGAACCUCUUUGCCAUGGCAGUGGAGGGUGUAGUCUUCUUCCUCAUCACUGUGCUCAUCCAGUACAGGUUCUUCAUCAAGCCCAGGCCUGUAUAUGCCAAGUUGUCCCCUGUGAAUGAUGAAGAUGAGGAUGUAACCAGAGAGAGACAGAGGAUAAUCAGUGGAGGAGGACAAAGUGAUAUUUUGGAAAUCAAAGAACUAACCAAGGUGACAGAAGGGCUCUGCAUUCAUCUUUUCUUACCUAAAAUGGUUUUAUGUACUUGUAAAAUUCUAACAAAGGGAGUUCUCUUCCACAGUAUCUUGUCCAACAUGCAAGAAGUCCAUCAGAACAUGGGCUACUGCCCACAGUUUGAUGCUGUUAAUGAACUGCUGACAGGGCAAGAACAUCUGGAGUUCUUUGCACUCUUGAGAGGUGUUCCAGAGAAAGAAGUCUGCAAGGUUGGGGAAUGGGCAAUCCAGAAACUGGGCCUUGUCAAAUAUGGAGAAAAACGUGUGGGGAACUACAGUGGAGGGAACAGACGCAAGCUCUCCACAGCUAUUGCUCUUAUUGGGGGGCCACCUGUGGUGUUCCUGGAUGAGCCAACAACAGGAAUGGAUCCCAAAGCACGUCAUUUCCUAUGGAACUGUGCUCUGAGUGUCAUCAAGGAGGGGAGAUCAGUGGUUCUCACAUCUCACAGCAUGGAAGAAUGUGAAGCCCUGUGCACUUGUAUGGCAAUAAUGGUCAAUGGGCGGUUCAGGUGUCUGGGCAGUGUCCAGCAUUUAAAGAACAGGUUUGGAGAUGGCUAUAGCAUAGUGGUGCGAAUCGCAGGGGCAAACCCAGACCUGAAGUCAGCUGAGGAAUUCUUUGGGCUUGCCUUUCCUGGAAGUGUCCUGAAGGAAAAGCAUCGGAAUAUGCUUCAGUACCAGCUUCCUUCUUCACCAUCUUCCCUGGCCAGAAUAUUUAGCAUCCUCUCCCAGAACAAAAAGAGACUCCACAUUGAAGACUACUCUGUUUCUCAGACUACACUUGACCAAGUAUUUGUAAAUUUUGCUAAGGAUCAAAGUGAUGAUGACCACACUAAGGACCUGUCACUGCACAAAAAACAGACUGUUGUGGACAUUGCAAUCCUUAAUUCCUUUCUGCAAGAUGAGAAGGCAAAAGAAAGUUGUGUGUGAGCCAACUUCAGCAAAGAAAUGAUGAGCAGAAGGCAAACUUCCUUUACCUGAGAUUAGCUUCUUCCUUGGAGGUAUACUGAGGAAAGAAAAACUGUACAGUCUACUGCUUUCCAUUCAAUGCAAUGCAAUUCAAUGCAAUGAAAACAAAAUUUCAUUACAGAGGCCAUGUCUUGUGGAGUCAGUGUCUUGUACUGUUCUCAAGUGAAAGACUUGAAUUCAGCUCAUUACAGUAUAACUCUGAAGCUGUGGUAUAGCACCCACCAGAUGCUAUGGGCUUUCAGCCAUACUGCAUCUUGUUCCUAUACAGUAUAUUUUUACUAGGGUUGCAACAACAGUUCAUUGAGAAAUCACAGCUAGGGGUUAUUUAUUGUUAUUUUUAAAGGCAUGCAUGUUUUAAAUAUCCAUGUCAGGAGUGGGAAUUCCCUGGUGCUACAUCCAUUGCUGGCAGUGAAUGCACUAAAACAGUCAGUGGCAAGGAGUUACCAAACAAUGUUGUGGCCUUAUUUUGUGAAAACUUACCGAAUCAGCUGCUUUUCAUAGACUGAUGUAGGUCAGUUGCUUAUAAAUUGAGGCCACAAUGCAGAACUGUGCAGAUGAGAUGUAUAGAUAUGAUGGCCCAUCUCUUUACAAUCUACUUCAAUAAAUUGUGUGAUAUGCAGAACCACAAACCCUCCAAAUGCCUGUGAUUGUUUCACCAGCAUCACAACUGAUCACCUACUCUGACCAGGUUUUUGUAUAGUUAAAUACUCUCCUUGCUCCUUUUGAGAUACUGCAGCAGUUGCAUGAACACCUAGUAGAGGGAAGUGGGUGAGAAACAGAUCUAGGAUUUAGACCACAACAGCAAACUCGCUGGUUGUACAAACUGCUAAUGCCAAGAGCAUAUUCUAAAUCAUGAGACAUCACUCUGAUAUGUAAUGUCUGCUCUUUAACCCCUGCUUUGCACCAUAAAGGUACUCAGCAUCUGAAGUUUAUUGCUUAGUACACAUGUUGCCAUUUUUGGUUUUACCAGUUAAAACUAGAAAGCAGAGGACAUGUAGAUUUUUUUAAGCAGUAUUAUUUAUAUGACUUUAAAUAGGUAGCAUAAUUAGGGAUUGAAAAUGCUUUCAGUUGAUCUUUGUAGCUACAGUAUUUUGUAACAUUAUGCCUGCAAUGAUAUGCUCUCAUUCUCUCCAUUUAGUGAUAGUUAUAUACAUUGUCUCUGCAAGUUCCAGACCCUGUGUCCUAACA